GCAGAUCUGUAGGUUGUUGUGGAUUCGUAUAUUUUAAGUAUAUUUUUAAGUGCUUGGAUCAACAACUGAACUUCCAGGUGCGUGUAUGAUGGAUUCAAACCCUAACGUGUUAGGGCUGGAGGACCAGAAUAGAACUGCUUCCUCCUGUUCCUCUGGCUGUAGGGAGACAAGUCAGGCUGCAGUGACCUCAGGAUCCAGAGUCAGUGGAGAGCAGCGUCCUCAGAAACCCAGCAAACAGCGCUCCCAACAGGGCUUCAGUGCACUACAGAAACUGUCUGCUGAAGAACGGAGGAUCGUGAAUGAAUGUCUACAUGGUGUGAUUAGUUUGGAGGACCUGAGUCACGCCUCAGAUGGCAUCAUCGACUGGGUGUUGACUGUCACCACUGAAGUUCUCCUCCCUGCCAUCUCCCUGUGCAAAGCUCUGAGAAGCAGAUCCUCCUCUAGCACUAAGCAGGAUCCACAGAGAAGGUCCCCAUCAGAGGGCUCGCUGCUACAGGCCCCAUCAAUAUCAACAUCAACACCUCCACACUCUGGUGCCUCCCCAAUGAGACUGAGAAUCAUCCCCAAAAUGUCCAGCUUCCUCACAGGCCAGGGUGAUGCUACUGGUCACCUUCUGGGGGGGCGGCCCCUUGGAUCCCUGUUAGGUGGAGAGGUGAGGACGGAUGCUGAGUUAGAACACAUGGCCAGCAGGGUGGUGGCUGUGGUUCUACAAGGGGUCUGGACUAUGACAUCAGUAGACACUAGCGACCCUGAGAUGGGGGCUCUUCUCUCAGGCAUUCUCAAGAACAUCCCCAUGGUGUUGAAUCCUGCUGUAGCUGCAGAUAGAGAAAGCUCUGACAGUCAGAGUCCCUUGGAGACAGUUGACAUUGGGCAGAGAAUCAACCCAGGGUUUUUCCUCUCAGACGAGCACAUCAGCCGUAUUUGCUCAGACACGGUGACCAGCGCGUACAGCAACACCAGGUUCUCUGUAUUGGAGGACAAGUCUCUAGGCUUCACUGAUGACAGAACACUGUCUCCUCCAUCACCGCUGUGUCAGAAGUCCCAGUGCUGCCUGACCGCUGGGGAAGAGACAGGCAGGUCUCCCUCUCUCUCUGAGCAGCACAGCAUCACCUCCCUCCAGGGAAGACAGUCAUGUUCCUCACACUGCAGACAGACUUCAGGGCAGAGUGCUGCCUCCCUCUCUGGUAGUCAGAGUCCAGACGAGCUCCUCACUCCUGAGGUGAAGCAGAGGAUUAUCAUGGCUGUGGAGGAGAUCAUCACAGAGGGCGGUGAGGACUUAGCCUCUGGAUCCACAGAGCUGUGUGAAGCUGUGUCACCAGGCUCUCGCCGCUUCACUUCCACUACCAGCCUGGCAGCCAGCAACAUUUUGUCUGUUGUUCUGCACGGCCUAAAGGACACCAUCGGUGCUGUUCAGUCCAAAGAGGUCGCCAGGUCAGAGUUGGAAAAGACUAUCAGCCAAAGCCUGGUCAACUCUGUGAAGGUGACCCUGAAGAGUCUGCUGAUGCUGGAUGCUCAGGUUUCUGUGGUGCAGGGAGACAACUCCACCCUGAAGACCUCAGAGCAGAUCCCACAUGGAACCAUGGAGACCCCAGAGCUGAUCCCAGCUGUAACCAUGGAGACCUCAGAGCUGAUCCCAGACAGAACCAUGGAGCCUCCAGGAUAUUCCUCAGACAUAGCUGUGGAUAAGAACCACAUCUCCCUCCAAGGUGAUGAGGACAUCGCUUAUGAGGCCAGCAUAACCGCCACCUCUAUCUUCUCCUCCAUCGUGGAUCUGGUGAAUCCCAUGAAGGACAGAAGGUCCACCUCAUCCAGGGGAGGCUCUCAGUAUCAGUGCCCCAUGCGUGCCUUCCUGGACUCCAAGGACCUAGCAGGGUUCCUUCGCAGCCCUAACCUCCGCCGCUUCUCUGAGCAACUGAUCUUGCACGUGGUGCGACUGAUCCUGGAGUCCAAAAUGGCGAAGACGAUGUCAGUAAGAAAGUGUUUCUCAGACAUGACAGUCACCAACCUGAGUGGAGGCUUUGACCUGUUCACAAAGUUCUGUACUGAGCUCCUCUACAGCUUUGUGGAGGGGCGGUCAAGAACCUUCUGGAGACUUUCCUGA